GUGGCGGAUAGCCCUUCGGGUGGGUGUGAAAUCUUGCGGAAAGUAGGUAAAAGGGACGAGAAAGGGGACAGCAUCGAAACAUGUUUGUACCGCGUGUUUCCAGUUGAUAUCAGCUCGAUUCGUCUCCGUCCAAUCCGCUGUAUCCCCCGACCACGGAGCAAAGUUCAGGCUGUGUCGAGAACCGAUGCGUGACCAAACGGAACCAUCCCGACUUCUGUAUCCUCAGUCUUCGCGAAUGAGUUGCUCGAGCGGCCGAAUCGGUGAAAAAGAUCGAACUCGCCGAGACAUUGCUCGUUGGAAAUACGCGGACACGCCGAUUCUUAUCGAGGGAAACCGAGGGUAAGGAGGCGCGAGAUGAGGGCGUACGCGAAGGUAUUCGAAACGGGUACCGAGACGAGUUAGUGGAACGAGACAGCUCGAUGGAAACAGAGUGGGUGUCGUACAGCUUCCUGUUCAGAGGAAUGUCGAAGCCCGAGUACCAUUAGGAUAAUCAAAUAUCGGAAGAACGAUGCGUUUCAUUUGGCAACUGCUGCUAUUGUCUUUCCUCCCGUCGGGCAGUCCGGUCGAGACGAUUUGGCCACAAAUCGCGAAUCCUCUGUCGUCCUCUUGGUGGAGUUUCUCGCACUCGGUCAGUUCCUCCACUUCCGCGACAUCCUUCGAUGAAGAGAAUUGCGUCGGCUGCAAACGGGAGAAAAUCGGCUUGAUCACUACCGAUCCCGUCCUGACGGAGCUGAGGGUCGAAUACGUCAAGCAACAGAUUCUGAAGAAGCUGCGGCUGUCGAAGCCGCCCGAGAUAUCUAUGCCGCUCUCGACCUUGCCGAAGCCUCUGAUAAACGGUCAUGUGCUCGAACUUCGACCCGGGGCGCCUCUCGAACCGGAAAAAUCGGACAGUUUCUAUGGAAAAACCAAUCAGAUCGUCGUUUUUCCAAACGAAGGUAUCGCCGAUUCGAAGAAGUGUCGGCAGAAAUCGAACCAUUUGACGGGGUUCAACCCUGCUGCCUGUUUCACGUUCUACCUGCCGAACGAAAUGCAAUUCGUCGACGUGACGUCGGCGCAGCUCUGGUUUUACAAAGAGAGCGACGAGAACGACGAUCUGACACAGACGUUCGUCCUGUCCGAGCUGGAUCACUGGGACCUGGACGGGAACUUUGAGAAGAACAUGAUCAUGGCCAUCUUCGAGACCGAUAUCGGAGAGGGCUGGGUGAAGACCGAUGUGACUUUCACGCUAAGAAAGUGGAUGGAGGAACUCCGUUUGAAUCACGCGAUUCAAAUAGCUUGUAGCACCUGUUCGAUCGACCGGGACACCGCGCCCGUGUCCAUCGAGCAGACUUUGAAGCCCUUCCUCGUGAUACACACGUCGCCGCUCGCGCAGAACAACAGGCCAAAGAGGAAUUCAAAUUGUCUGCCGGAGAUGAAGGACUGCUGCAGGGACGAGCUCUACAUUAAUUUCGCCGAUAUCGGUUGGAGCGACUGGAUUCUCCAUCCGAGCGGGUAUCAUGCGUAUUUCUGUCGCGGUUCUUGUACCUCCGCAGCUUCGUUGACCAUCAGUGGGUCUGCUUAUACUAACGUGAUCAGAAGGUUGUUGGCCAAAGGCGGGACCACUGUUCACCGACGAAGCGAUAUCAUCCCCUGCUGUUCACCCACCCAGUUGUCGGCUAUUCAAUUGCUCUACGUCGAUUCGAACAAUACGAUUACGCAAAAGACGUUGCCGAAUAUGGUAGUGGAAGCGUGCGGCUGCAUGUGAUUCCCUGAAUCUCUGAACGAUCGAAAUGAAAACAGAUUGUGCGUGAAUCGUUCGAUCUGUCCCACGAUCGGGAUGUGUACAGAUUAUUUGACUGAGGACGCGUGGACGAGAUGCACACGCGAGUACGUGUGCGAGUUUCAUUUUCGCGUGUAAAAAUGAUCGAAACAGUAUUCAUUCUCUAGUUACGUUCGCUACUAACAUCGGAUUUAUCCGUUUAAAUUAAUUGCUUCAUAUUUAAUCGAACGAAAUUGUAUAAUGGAAUCUACUAAUUUAUUACGUACUAAAAGCAAAUCAGUGCGUUACCCCCCGUACUCGAAUAAAAGAGUGACUCAGAUCUAAUUAAGGAAUCAUUGCUUUGUUAUACAGAAGAAUGAUUAUAAAAAAGAAAUCUGCCGAGUGCGUUCUGAAAAAUCA